UCUCUCUCUCUCUGAUAAAAGCCUCGCCUUUGGUUAGUUUUAAGUGAGUCCUCUCCCGUCGUCGGCUUCGACAAAAUUUCCUCGGUUUCAUGACUCUUUUCUGCCAUCGCCAUGGAAUCUAGGCCACAGCAAGGAGCCAGCAAUCCUCCACCAAAACCUUGGGAACGAGCAGCUACCUCGUCUGGUCCUGCACCUUUUAGACCUUCAUCACCUGGAAGCACAAGUGAUGUAGUUGAAGCUUCAGGAACUGCAAAGCCUGGAGAAAUUGUUUCAACUGCUGAUAGAAACACCACUGUAAACAGAAAUACUCUAGGUAGGCCUGUACCCACCAGGCCAUGGGAGCAGAACUAUGGAAGCAGUUAUGGAGGUUAUGGUUCAGGUCUAAACUAUAACUCAGGCUAUGGAUCUGGAAUGUAUGGGUCAUAUGGUGGAUAUGGAGGAAUGCAAGGUGGUGGGAUGUAUGGUAAUACCAUGUACAGAGGAGGGUAUGGUGGCCUUUAUGGAGGUUCAGGAAUGUAUGGUGGAAUGUACAAUGGUGGCCUUGGCGGCCCAAUGGGUGGUUAUGGGAUGGGCAUGGGUGGUCCUUAUGGUGAUCAAGAUCCAAAUAAUCCUUUUGGUGCACCUUCAUCACCACCAGGCUUUUGGGUUUCCUUUCUUCGUGUGAUGCACGGUGUGGUGACAUUUUUUGGUCGGAUUUCAAUUCUCAUAGACCAGAACACACAGGCAUUCCACAUGUUCAUGACUGCACUUCUUCAGCUCUUUGAUCGAUCUGGGAUGUUGUAUGGGGAGCUUGCAAGGUUUGUAUUAAGGUUGCUGGGAAUCAGAACAAAGCCCAGGAAAGUUCAUCCGCCUGGCCCACACAAUCCCCAAGGUGGUCAGAACCUCAUCGAGGGACCAAAAAUUGCUCCAAGUAAUUCAUGGGACACUGUUUGGGAAAAUGAUGCUGGCAAAUGAAUAAUGUGCUCCUGCCAAAACCAAAAGAAAUGCUGAGAUUGCACCCUGUACAGAGGUGAGAACCAACUCUACUGUUGCUUUGCAUUGAUUCAAACUUUUUCCAGGUAGAGUUCUGAUUUGCGGAGGAAACAGAUCCAUUUUUACUCUGUUUAAGUGUCAAUGAAUGGGGAAUACACACACAAGAUGUGAUCUUAAAAUUUACGCCGGUUUUGUUUGGAACAUUGGGAGAGAUUCCUCGUAGAAAGCAUAAUUGUCUGCACUAGUUUUUAGUUUCUACAUGUUGAAUGUAUACUUGUUCUUCUUCCAAAUUGAAAUUCCAGUUGUUGUAUAAUAAGUCAACACAUGUCAGCUUGCCAAUAAUUUGUCUUUUUGCUGGAUUCGACGGGAUAAAACCCUUCUCCUCAAUUCAAUAUCUUGUCCUGGGUCAAUUCUUUUUCUUUUAA